ACCUACCCACACGAGAACAUGCCUCUCGCAAAGGAUCUCCUUCAUCCCUCCCCAGAAGAGGAGAAGAGCCCCAAUUCCUGCUUCAUGGAUGUGAAAUGCCCAGGAUGCUAUAAAAUCACCACGGUCUUUAGCUAUGCACAAACGGUAGUUUUGUGUGUUGGCUGCCCCACUGUCCUCUGCCAGCCUACAGGAGGAAAAGCAAGGCUUACAGAAGGAUGUUCCUUUAGGAGGAAGCAGCACUAAAAGC